AAUUCAAUGCAUGUACAUUUCAAUUAUCCUCUUAUUAUUUAUGAAAUUAAGUUUAAACUUUACAUAUAUUUUCUGUAAACUUAUAGAAAAUAAAAUCAAAAUUAAUUAAUGAUGAGACAUGGAUGGGAUAGAAAGAAAAUUCAUUCGAAAAUGAAAAUAAUAAACCCCCCAAAAAAUUCAUGAAAUUGCUUUUCAUGCUGGCUGAAGCUGGUCCACUUGAUGCGUUGAAAGGCCAAUUCCUCAGGGCUUACAAGACCAUAGCAAUCACUGUAUCAGCCAUGUAUGUACUGCCACGGCUACUACGUGAAGGGCAUCAGUCACCAUUCACCAAACACUCGGUGUAGUGAGAGCAAAAGACAAAGAGAAAGGCCGGGAGUUCUUGGCCUCUGCUUGUAAAUCCACAAUUUUGUACACAUAUCAAAACCAAAAGAAACAAUCCCAUUACAACCACAAUCUCUCUGUUUCUGUUUCUUUGUGUGAAAUCCACUCUCCUCCCGAGUUGUUGCUUCGUUUCCUCUCUCCUUCGAGUCCCUAACCCAACCACUCUCUUGUGGCUCUCAAUCAUACCCAAAGAUUCAUUUCACGUUUUUUCUUUUAUUCCCUAGAUUCUUUCAUCAGUCUCUCACCCUACAAAAACCCAUUAAAAAAAAAGCUUCACCAAACACACCCCUAAGAAAUAAAAUAAAAUAAAAACUCUCUUUCUGGUCAUAUUUUGUUCUGUAUCUCUUUUUUGGUUCAUUGGUGAACUUUAUCAAACAUUUUUGGAUCUGAUUAAUGGGUUUUCUAUUGUUUUAAUCAGAUUUGAUCACUUGGGUUGGGACUUAACUCUAUCGAAUUCGAGUAUCUUUCAUUGUGUUGCGCUUCUAAGAUGGUAGACAUAGCUAAGGACCUAACAUCUGGAACUGUUGGUGGGGCAGCUCAGUUGGUAGUCGGGCACCCUUUUGAUACCAUCAAGGUUAAGCUCCAAAGCCAGCCUGCUCCACUUCCUGGGCAACCACCCAAGUAUGCUGGUGCUAUGGAUGCAGUCAAGCAAACUUUAGCUGCUGAAGGCCCAAGGGGUUUGUAUAAAGGUAUGGGGGCUCCACUGGCCACUGUGGCUGCAUUUAAUGCCGUCCUCUUUACGGUGAGAGGGCAAAUGGAGGCAUUGUUGAGAUCAGAGCCUGGUGCUCCCCUCACAGUUAGCCAGCAGGUCGUUGCUGGGGCUGGUGCUGGAGUUGCUGUUUCAUUCUUAGCUUGCCCCACUGAGUUAAUCAAAUGCAGAUUGCAAGCCCAGAGUGCAUUGGCAGAUUCCGGCUCAGCUGGUGUGACAGUGAAGUAUGGAGGGCCAAUGGAUGUUGCCAGGCAUGUUCUGAGGUCAGAAGGUGGUGUAAGGGGUCUCUUCAAGGGAUUGGUUCCCACCUUGGCACGUGAGGUUCCUGGAAAUGCUGCUAUGUUUGGUGUCUAUGAAGCGCUGAAGCAGUACAUGGCAGGAGGGACAGACACUUCUAAAUUAGGAAGAGGCUCUUUAAUUGUGGCUGGAGGCUUGGCUGGAGCUUCAUUCUGGUUCUCUGUCUACCCAACUGAUGUUGUCAAGAGCGUGAUCCAGGUAGAUGAUUACAAAAAUCCCAAAUACAUUGGCUCCAUAAAUGCCUUUAGGAGUAUCUUAGCUUCAGAGGGGAUGAAAGGCCUGUACAAAGGGUUCGGCCCUGCCAUGGCACGAAGUGUCCCUGCAAAUGCAGCAUGCUUCUUGGCAUACGAAGUGACAAGGUCUAGUUUGGGCUAAUCACUUACCUGUGCACUCUGAUUUCUCACGAAGUAUGGUUAAAAAAUUUGCCUUUGUUAUGAUAUUUCUUUUAUCAAAGCCAUUUUCUUUGUCAAUGAAUUAUGCCGGUUGAACGAAGUUUUGGAUAUAAGAUGACAGGCUCUCCAUUCUUGAAGAUUGCUGUACCUUCCAUGACUGACUGGAAGAAAACAAUAUUCUUUCAUCAAUUACCCAUAUUUACAUUUACUCCCUGCUAAAAUAAAGUACUUAUA